GGUCCACACUCCAGUAUAGUAGGUGGCGGUAAUGUCCCUUAACGUUGGAUGCCACCCGCCAUAGAAGAAGAAGAUGAUUUCGUCAGAGUCACGUGAGUCAGCUAAAGCGCCAAACUUUGAAUGCUAGCGGUCGCUGACGGUUCAUUCGAUAAAACAUGAUGGAGCACGACAUCCCUAUAAUCAUUCUGAGCGAUGACGAUGAUGAUGAUGAAGGUGACUUCUUCACGACCCACAAUGAUUCCUCUGUGAUGAUCGUUGAAAAUGAGGGAAACGAAGCAGAUGUAUCAAAACAUAUUGAGGAGCUGGAUGAAGACUUGGCCAUCACAUACUCCCAAACUGCAACAGUGCUUCCACACGCAAGAUACGACUGCACCCUGGCAUUCUGUCGAGCAGAGCAGGACCUUUCAGGACCUCUAGAAGAUAAUGGAAAGCACUGUGAUCAGUGUUUCUGCUAUAUCUGUGACAAACUGGCAUCCGUGUGUGAGUUUUGGACCAUCCCUGGGAUUUGCCAUUGUAAUGCCCAUAAGCACAGUGUCUACUGGAAGGCCCUCCGUGAUAAGAGUCUGAUGGGAUUUCUGCAUGAGCUGAACUUCACCUUUGACCCACUGGAUAUGGAUUCAGACCUACGACAUGCAGAAACUUCACUGCAGAAAUUUGCUGGAAGUUUGGCAAUGAAGUAUGCUACUUUUUUGUUGGGGUUUGAGGAUCCAAGCUAUUCAACGAGCUGUCGGUGCACCUGUCACCGCAACAUUAACAGCACAACACCGUGUCAAACCAUCGGAUGUAAUGGAUGCUAUAAACAUCACAUUAAGAUUCUGGAUUAUGAUUACACUGUUGUGAGUCAACAUAUCAAAAUGUUUUUGAAUGAAGCGAAGAAAGAGAAUCCAAAGGCUUGUGUUGUGAUGCUGUUAGGGGCUAUUAAGCUUUUCGUCACCCACACGACUCCUGGAAAUAUACAUGCUGCUAACAUUGUAUCUGAAACUGUGUCAAUGCUCCUGUGGAGAUUUAUGACAAAGGUGUGGAUGCUUUUAGUUGCCUUUAAUUUUUCCAGCUCUUUUAUAAAGCAGCUGGAGUCCUUCUACCAGAAGCUUCCUCUGCCUUCAAACUGCACAUUGCCAAAAAGUCUGAGUGUGCUACCUUGGGAUGAUCCCUUGCUCUCUGCUGUGAUGAAAGGUCAAAACAUCACUGGAGAGAGGCAGGGCAAAGGUCGGAGGCAUAAAGUCUUAUGUGAACCUCUGGUCGUGAUUCAAGCGAGAGUCUGUAAACUUCAACAGCAAAACAAGUACCGUGAGCUGGCUCGAUAUCUCAAAGUUGUCAAAAGCAUCAAUAAUCCCACGCUGCAGAGAAUGAAAGACUUGGUUCCCCUCUACCUGUGUAAGGAUGGUGACUACACUGGUGCAGUCUGCCAUAUGUUAUCACCGAUGCCCGGUGCCAUGUGCCUGGCCUCCCGUCUCACACCUCAACAGUUCAGAGCUUAUCUCAGAAUUCUCACGUCAGGCCACGCCCCUGAUGUAGCACAAGAAUUUGAUACAGGAAAUGGCAAUAUGAUCAUACCUGACCCUUUACUGAGCACUAAGUGGACACCCAUCGAAGGUUCAAAUUCAUUCAAGAUGAUGGAGGUACUGAAGUUUGCACUGAGGGUUCUGGACUGUAACAGCAUUGUUUUUGCUAAUUCAGAAACGUGGGUUUAUCUGCUCAGCGUUGUCAGUUCCAGUUUUACUUCUCCAGAUGGUAUUCCUAUUGGUGCAUUCUAUCCAGAGCCUGACAUCACCUAUCAAACGGAGACCAGAGACGCUGCCAGUGCAAUUCUUGAGGAGCUGACGACGACUUCCCGUAUACAGAUCCCCAAAACCUUUGAGAGUGGUUAUCCUGACCAGGCUAGACUGCUGUUGGCCACUCAGGCUUUGGUGCUGCGCAUUUUCCACUCAAAGUUCAGGCCCAUCCUCAGCGUCAUCAUGUCUUUCAGGUUCAACUUCUGGGCACUCCGUUGGUUCUUCUACAGUCUGCUGGUGAGGCCAGAAGUGCUGCACUACCUCCUUUGCUGUCUUCUGGAGGAACUGUCUGAUAAGCGAUACCAACUCCUACAGAGAAAAUGGACUGAAACCGAACAUUCCCUGGUUGCGUACUUUCUCUGCAUGUACUUCUGGGAAAACAGUGUUGUCCUGGACCUGAACACCUAUCCCACCAAUAGCCUGCUUGCCACUUGGAAUGAAUCACACAACCCUUGGCAACUAAGCUUGAAACUGUAUCUUGAAUGCAAUGAGGCCAAACUUACUCCAGAAAAACGUAAAAUCCUGCAUCUAAUCCAGCAGCAAGAAAAAAUGGGUCUGACCAGCAUCCCGUUUUAAAAACAAAUUGUUUUAAUGUACAUACAGAGUGGAUUUAAUGUUUUCAAAGAGUAUAAGUGUCAGUUUUGUUUUUUUUUCUUCUUUUUUUUGUUUAUUAUCCAGACCUUUGUUUUUCUCGUCUGGGAAUUGACCAGUAUUUUGCAACAUUAUGCGCAAUUACAGGACUAUGAUCAAUAUCUGGAAGAUGUUAAAUACAGUUAUAUUCAGCAAUAGAACAAUAUACAAUUCUUUGAGCAUCAGCCGUAAUGUAAAUAAAUGACAGUUUCAAAUGCAACACUGAUAUGAAGCUGUUCAAUUUUGCUUUGUUGAAGAUCAUUUAAAGUUGUAAACUGCUAUUUCUUUGGAAUCUUUGCACAAGAGAUAGACUACAAUAUUACUGUAAUUAUUCACUUCAACUUCCUUCGUCAACAAAAUAUCAAAGCAUGCAGAAAGUGUAAAUAUACUGUUAUUGCUGGGCAAAAGCAAUUUUUCAUUUGACGGCAAUAAAAUAUAAGCAUAACUAUGGUACAGUA